CUUUUCUCUUCUUCUUAGAGAACUGUAUGUAUAUAUUCAGGGUUAAAGGAAUCAAGGAUAGCAGCCAGCCAUGGCUAGAGAAAAUUUGAAAGUUUUGAAUGCUCUGGACGUUGCCAAAACACAAUGGUACCACUUCACCGCCAUUAUCAUUGCAGGUAUGGGGUUCUUCACCGAUGCAUAUGAUUUGUUCUGCAUUUCUCUUGUCACCAAGUUACUCGGCCGACUCUACUAUCACCGUCAAGGCGAUCUUAUGCCCGGGACUCUUCCUCCUAACGUAUCAGCCGCCGUCAAUGGUGUUGCCUUCUUUGGAACUUUAACCGGUCAGCUCUUCUUCGGCUGGCUUGGAGAUAAAAUGGGUAGGAAAAAGGUCUAUGGUAUGACAUUGAUGAUUAUGGUCGUUUGCUCCAUCGCUUCCGGCUUAUCUUUCGGACAUAGUUCCAAAGGAGUAAUCGCCACCCUAUGUUUCUUCCGGUUUUGGUUGGGGUUUGGGAUUGGCGGCGAUUAUCCACUUUCCGCCACGAUUAUGUCGGAAUAUGCGAAUAAGAAGACUCGAGGUGCAUUCAUUGCUGCAGUGUUUGCUAUGCAGGGAUUUGGUAUCUUGGCAGGUGGUGCGGUUGCUUGUAUUGUUUCGUCUUCGUUUAAAGCGGCUUAUCCUGCCCCGGCUUAUGAUGUCAAUCCUGUUGCAUCCGUUGUCCACGAGGCUGAUUAUGUCUGGCGUAUCAUUCUUAUGUUUGGUGCUAUCCCGGCUGCGAUGACUUUCUAUUGGCGAAUGAAAAUGCCUGAAACUGCACGUUACACGGCUUUGGUUGCGAAUAACGCUAAGCAAGCCGCUUCUGAUAUGUCUAAGGUUUUGCAAGUGGAAUUGGAAGAGGAUUCGGCUAGAGAUGUACAUAAGGGUCGGGACAAUAAGAACAGUUUUGGUUUGUUUUCGAAAGAAUUCCUUCGUCGCCACGGACUUCAUUUGCUUGGGACUGCGACUACUUGGUUCCUAUUGGACAUCGCGUUCUACAGCCAAAACUUAUUCCAAAAGGAUAUUUUCACUGCGAUCGGAUGGAUCCCGGAUGCUAAAACAAUGAAUGCUUUAGAAGAGGUUUUCCUUAUCGCAAGGGCUCAAACCCUUAUUGCACUAUGCAGUACAGUCCCCGGGUACUGGUUCACGGUGGCUCUUAUCGAUAGGAUCGGGAGAUUUACUAUUCAAUUGAUGGGUUUCUUCUUUAUGACCGUGUUCAUGUUCGUUUUGGCCAUUCCUUACGAUCACUGGACACAUAAGGACAACAGGAUCGGUUUUGUAGUGAUGUACUCGUUCACAUUCUUCUUCGCAAACUUUGGUCCGAAUGCCACCACAUUCAUUGUGCCUGCUGAGAUUUUCCCGGCUAGGCUGAGAUCCACUUGUCAUGGGAUAUCGGCUGCUUCGGGCAAGGCAGGUGCCAUUGUUGGUGCAUUUGGAUUCUUGUACCUUGCACAGAACAAGGACCCAACAAAGACAGACAAAGGGUACCCUCCGGGGAUUGGAGUUAAGAACGCACUCAUCAUUCUAGGUUGCAUCAACUUCUUGGGAUUCUUGUUCACGUUUCUUGUGCCGGAAGCAAAGGGAAGGUCAUUAGAGGAAGUUGCUCAGGAGAACGAAGACGACGACAUAGAAAUGGAGUCUAAGACGGACAACAAGACCGUUCAAGUGUAAAUGUGUAAUAUCUAAUAUUGUAGGUUUGGUAAUACGUACAUUUUCACCUUGUUAAUUAACAUUUCCUUCUCAUUUUAUAACAAAA